UUGUCUCUCUCCAUUUCCGCCGUGGUCAUACCUAGCAUGCCUCUGGCAGGCAGGCACACACGUCCUAGCUCUUCACAGCCAUACCGGAAGUGAAAAGAGACUCCUCCCACUUCCGCCUGUGGCUGUGCUCCCGUGAAACCCCAGUUCUUUUUCUCGCUACGCAGGUUACACACACGCGUUUCUAGCUCCGCGUUUUUUCGCGUUUACUUCUAUUACAAGUUUCGUUUGAGUGUUAAUAGACAUGUCUAGUCUCUAAGUUCUUAGUUUCUUUGCUAAUACACUUCUGGGAAGUGUUUUUUUCGUGCGUGAGGAGGUUUGGUCGCGUCAAAUCUUACGCAGCUCCGACACGUGUGACGGGCAACAUGUCCAGGCACGCAUCCGCCCCCUCGCCCCUGGAAUCUUCGACGGAAGCUGAGCGCUUGUUGGCGUUGUGCGAGUCUCUUUGUUUCCGGAGAGUAGCCAGCAAAACGAGCUACUACUAGGUGGGCGGACACCCGUGGCUCCGCAGGAGUGGAAUGACCAGCAUCCUCCCAUGCUAAUAUUGACGUGCGGUUGACCGACCGUUUUUCGGCAGAGUUUCCCGCGGCGGUUUAAUAGGAGAGCGGCACGUCGCUCAGAGAGUCAUCGUUCACCAACAUGUCGAACCGUGUCCGCGUUUUUUUGGGUAUUCGUAGUAGUUAUCAGCGGUUUGUUUACAGCGACGUCUAGGCUUCGUCUCCUCGACCGCUUCGGCAGCAUGUUCCAACCGCCCGCGGGCCCUUCCGCCUUUUAUCAGUGUUUCAGGUGAGCUACGCUCGCACCACAUUCCUGCCUGGGUGGAGACGUUUGCAGUUCCACCGAGCCCACUUCGGCAGGGUAGCGCGGAUGUGCUGCCAACACAAUAAUGGUGCACCAUGUGACACCUUUGGGACACAACAGCAGAGAACCCAUUCCAACCAGUCUUCCUCGGAAUUUGGUCAUGGGUCACAGCAGCAUGUAUCAGGUGUCAGCGGACACGAGAAUGUAUCUGAGAUGUAGUGCGGCCUUUUCGGAGCCCGACGAUUCUCACACAGCCGGCAUGCAGACCGGGAGUGUGACUAGUAUCAGCCGUCGUUUCUUGCUCUGCUGGCAGACCGCCAUCAAGACGUACGCAGGGCCGUUUAUGAGCCAUGCUGCUGGAGACUGCAGGCCUAGGCCACAUAGAACCAUCCUGACUGGCGCCGCAAUCGUCUACGGUUCCAGGGCGCCUUCCGCUGAGCGGACACAAGCACCGAAUGCAGCGAUGGUAGGUUCUGCAUUGGUAUAUGCCCGCCCUAAGUUCUUCGGCCAGUACUGCAGCUGGAUUCAAAGUAACUGGGGUUUCACGGGAGCACAGCCACAGGCGGAAGUGGGAGGAGUCUCUUUUCACUUCCGGUAUGGCUGUGAAGAGCUAGGACGUGUGUGCCUGCCUGCCAGAGGCAUGCUAGGUAUGACCACGGCUUCAAUGGAGGAGAGACAAUCACAAUUGUCCUGCACGUAAGUUGGUCCAAUUUUAUAU